GUUAUUUUGGAGUCUUGGAUACAGUGGCGCCCAACCCAAACAUCAGAAAAUAAAUAAAGAAGCUGUUAAAUAACAAAUUAUCACUUACACCUCGAAGUGUUAUGGGGUCUCAGGGGAAGAAACAAAUUUGAGGACCGGUAUUACAGUGCUGAUAUCAGGUUAUGUGUAUGAACAAAAGGUAUCUGUGAUCAAAAUUCCAAAAUUAAAGCUGUGUGGGAGAUGGAAAGUGACAAAGAAGACAAGUCAUUUGAAGAGGAAAAUAAGAAUACGGAUAUGAAAGAUGGAUUAUUUUCUGAAGAACCUAUUGAACCUCAAAACAGAGACCGAGUGGAUUUCGGGACAAAUGUUCAAGACACCGAGCAUCAUGAGUCCUCAAACUUUCUCACAGUCGGCACUACAGUGGAAGAAGGUGAAAACGAUGUUAGGUACAAUGGUAAUAUAAAUAAUGCCAAAGAAGCCUCUAAUUCCAUCAAGGAUCCUUAUAUACAUGAUGAUAAUGUGAAGUAUGAUUAUCCUGUUUUCUACAGCGAACCCAAAGACAGCGUAACUGUUCACAUAGAUUCGGCCUAUGGAAUAUUGACGGAAAUAUUUUUUGUCCCUGAGAAAUACACUGUCUCGGAUGUUAGAAUUUUGUUAGUCAGAGAUACUGGUUUGAAAGAAGAAAACUUUAUGCUCCAAUACAAAGGUGAACUGGUAAGCUUUGAUACUCCCCUGAUUACUUUAGCAGAGGAGAAUAAGCUAGUGAAUUUCUCACUUUUAUUACGAAAUGCUGAGGACUCAUUAAAAAUUAAGCUAGGAAGCCGUGAAGUAAUCUACACCUCAGGACUUGUUGUUAAAAUUUAUGGUAGAAAAACAACGGUAACAGAAGACCCUUACAGUCAACAAAGUAUUAUGAUAGUCCAAAAAGAAGGUGGAACAGACAAGGAGCAAGAAUUUAUUCACAUAAAUUGGUUGCCACAUAACCAUCAUAAACCAUUCUUGGGCGGCUACAGGAAUAUUCUUACAGACUGCAAAUACCAUAAUGCAUCCACACAAACAAAACCAUUACCACGGAAAAUUAAGGAAACUGUGCAAACAUCGAGAGAUACACAGACAUACAAAAUGCGUCAUUUUGGAAACAUGACAGUUAACCAUAUGUCCACACAGUUUUCAAUGCCAGGAUUUUUUGUGUCCAAUAGCCAAGAUAGAGUGAAAACUCCCGGACCAUAUGAGUCAGCGGAUGAAUAUCUUGCUCGAGUAUUGCAGAAGAUUAUUAUCAUUCAAAAGUAUAUACGUCGAUGGCUUGCAAAGAAAAGAGUGGCGCGUUUAAAGCAGAUGAGAGAUGACUAUCUGGCUUGGGAGGAAGCCAAAGCUCAGGAAUACAAAGACGAAAUUGCAAGAAGAAUGGCGCAUGACUUUGAGCGAAGGCUUCAUCCGAAAACUGCAGCUGACUUUGACAGGUUGUACAAUGCUUUGGAAGCAUGGAGGAGAGAAGAAGUACAGAAAAUAGAAGAGCAAAAUUUAACAGAAGCAGAAAAGAAAGCAGCUUUAGCAUUAAUACUGAAUGAAGAGGCUGAAUUGAUAACAGCUAUAACCAGACACCAGAUAUGUAUAACCAAGAAGAAUGCAGAAAAAAUUCGGUCUCAUUGUCUAAAAAAAGCUGCUGCUCCGCACAGAUGGACAUCUGCAAUUGACGGAAGAAUAAUUGAAGUUGCAACUGCUGAAACGAAUCGAGCAAAAGAGCUUCUAGAUAUAUAUGAAAGUUUAAGUCUGGAAGGUUUAACACAAAAUGAAAGACUAGACAUACUUCUGACGCUAAAACAGACAGUUACUCCAUAUAAUAUGAAACUUAGCAGGGAGAUAGUUGGACUAGUUGACAGAGAAGCAGAGUUAAUUAUGCGUGGUGUUCCAUGCAAACAGUUAUCUGGACUGAGGCAGAGAAUUCGGAAUAGAUUCAUUCAAUUUGCAAAGUUACCUCAAGUUAACCCAGAAGUGGGAAAAUACCUUGCGGUACCUACAAACACACAGGAAGGAGAAGUACCAUCAUUAAUACAAGAUAUUCAAUACUGCGUAUCGUGUGGACGAUACCUGAAGAAAAAAUGCUUCCCACUCAGUGCACGAGCUAACAGUCUAGUUCCGUGCGAAUCGUGCAGACGUAAUGAUAAUCGAGGAAGAAAUCGACUAGAUCUUGAGCCGUAUCAAUAUAUAUUAUUAGAACUACGAGAAAAUGAGUCUAGGUUAGUAGAGAAAAUGAAAAAAAUUGCAAAGGACAAUGCUCGAGAGGCAGAACUACAAAGAUUAGAACGAGGUGAAUCUCCUCAACCAGAUACAGAUAUCAUUAUCAAUGGAGAUGAUGAUAAGGGUGUUUCCAUAAAUCCGCUCCCAUUCUUGAUAAACAAAGAAGAUAUAAGAUUUAUAAUCGAUCAAAUCUGGGAAAAUCGAUCAGUCCUAUCAGGCUGGACAGAUUUAUUUGAUUUAACAUUAACUCGAUGGAAAAUCAAUGAACCAUGGUCACCUUGGAAUACUAUAGUUGUGACUAGAGAGGAGGCUGAAAUUCAUGCAAACUUAGGUAAAUUGAAAGUGGAAGAUAUUUAUGCAGAUCCUCUAAUCAACUUAGUGAAUCAAAGGCUUAUAAUGGGUAAGAAUGAAUUUUUGAGAUUAUAUAGCAACGGUAAGAAAAUGGCUAAGGAAAUUUUGAUUAAUACUAAAAGAAUGCAAAACCCAGAGAAUACUUCACAAUGGCUGAAAGAAAAACGUCAAAAGUUGCCACCUUUAAUGAAUAUCCCACAAUCACAAGUAAUUAAGUCUCAUGCGCCCACGUAUCAACCACCAGAUAUUUUAUUACCUGUUAUAAAAGGUGAGAGAAGAUGGAGUUCUUUAACAAAAGACAGUUCAUGCACAACAUAAACGAUAUAACCUGAAGGAUGGUAAAGAUUACUUCUUGAUGCCAAAUCACUUCUAUUAUCAUUCAAAUAUAUUUAAAAAUCAAGUCUGUUUUGCUGCGUG